AGGGUAGGCUCUAGUUUCACAAUGUUUGGGGAUCUGUUUGAAGAAGAUUAUUCCAGUGUGUCAAAUUAUCAGUAUGGAAAAGAGAAGAAAUUAAAGACCAAAGCUUUGGAGCCACCGGCUCCUAGAGAAUUCACCAAUUUAAGCGGAAUUAGAAAUCAGGGUGGAACCUGUUACCUCAAUUCCCUUCUUCAGACUCUUCAUUUCACACCUGAAUUCAGAGAAGCUUUAUUUUCCCUUGGCCCAGAAGAGCUUGGUUCAUUCGAGGAUAAGGAUAAACCUGAUGCAAAGGUUCGGAUCAUACCUUUACAGUUACAACGGUUGUUUGCCCAGCUUCUGCUCUUAGACCAGGAUGCAGCAUCCACAGCAGACCUCACUGACAGCUUUGGGUGGACCAGCAAUGAGGAAAUGAGGCAACAUGAUGUGCAGGAACUGAAUCGAAUUCUCUUUAGUGCUUUGGAAACCUCUUUAGUCGGGACCUCCGGCCAUGACCUCAUCAAUCGUCUGUAUCAUGGAACCGUUGUUAACAAGGUUGUUUGUAAAGAGUGUAAGAAUGUCAGUGAAAAGCAGGAAGACUUCUUAGAUCUAACAGUAGCAGUAAAAAAUGUGUCAGGUUUGGAAGAUGCCCUCUGGACCAUGUAUGUAGAAGAGGAAUUGUUUGACUGUGACAACUUAUACCACUGUGGGACUUGUGACAGGCUGGUUAAAGCUGCCAAGUCGGCCAAAUUACGUAAGCUGCCUCCCUUUCUUACUGUUUCAUUAUUAAGAUUUAAUUUUGAUUUUGUGAAGCGUGAACGAUACAAGGAAACUAGCUGUUACACGUUCCCUCUCCGGAUCAAUCUCAAGCCUUUUUGUGAACAGAGUGACUCAGAUGACUUGGAGCAUGUAUAUGAUCUUUUCUCGGUUAUUAUACAUAAAGGUGGUUGCUAUGGAGGACAUUACCACGUGUAUAUAAAAGAUGUCGAUCAUCUGGGAAACUGGCAAUCUCAGGAGGAAAAAAGCAAACCAGAUGUGAAUUUAAAAGAUCUCCAGAACGAAGAAGAGAUUGACGAUGAUCCACUGAUAAUUCUGAAAGUGAUCUUACUACAGGAGAAUAAUGUAAUUCCUGUUGAUCAGCUGGGCCAGAAACUCUUGAAAAAGAUAGGAACGUCUUGGAACAAGAAGUACAGAAAACAGUAUGGACCACUGCGAAAGUUCUUACAGCUUCAUUCCCAGGUAUUUCUACUCAGUUCAGAUGAAAGUACAGUUAGUCUAUUGAAGAACGGUUCUCUCCGGGCUGAGUCUGAUUUCCAAAGGAAUGAUCAACACGUUUUCAAGACACUUACUUCAGAAUCCCCAGGAUUAAAUGAUAGAACCUCCUGUCCCCACUGGUUUGAUAUAAAUGAUUCCAAAGUCCAACCAAUCAAGGAAAAAGAUAUUGAACGGCAGUUUCAGGGUAAAGAAAGUGCCUACAUGUUGUUUUAUCGGAAAUCCCAGUUGCGGAGACCCCCAGAAGCUCGAGCUAAUCCGAGAUAUGGGGUUCCAUGUCAUUUGCUGAAUGAAAUGGACGCAGCCAACAUUGAACUGCAAACAAAAAGGGCAGAAUGGGAUUCUACAAACAAUAAUUUUGAGUUGCAUCUCCACCUGGGCCCUCAUUAUCAUUUCUUCAAUGGGGCUCUGCACCCAAUCGUCUCUCAAGCAGAAAGCGUGUGGGAUUUAACCUUUGAUAAAAGAAAAACUUUAGGAGAUCUUCGACAGUCAAUAUUUCAGCUGUUAGAUUUUUGGGAAGGAGAUAUGGUUCUUAGUGUGGCAAAGUUUGUACCAGCAGGACUUCAUGUUUACCAGAUGCUUGAUGGGGAUGACAUGAUGCUGUGUGAAAUGGAGAUUGCUGACGGGGAAGACCUCUUUGUAUGGAAUGGGGUGGAGGUUGGUGGCAUCCAGAUUCCAACCGGGAGUGACUGCGAACCUCUGCUCUUAAACGUUCUUCAUCUAGCGACAAGCAGCGAGGGGGAAAAGUGUCAGCAGUUGGUAGAGUCUCCACACGUCUUUCCAUCUAAUGCAGAGGUGGGCGCCGUGCUCACCACCCUGGCGGCACCCGUGGGUGUCCUCUUCGUCAACGCCACAGACCCUGCCGGGGGAGAGAACUGGGUCGCUGUUCCCAAGGAAGACCUGAAGAAGACGUUCAGAGAGCAGGGUCUCAGGAACAAGAGCUUGGUUCUCGUUCGGGAUUCUCGAGAUGACAGUUUGUUGCUCAAACAAGGGAAAUGGUUCACUGGUAUGAAUGAGAUCAACUGGCUCCAAGUUCAAAAUUUAUGUGAAUUAGAAUCCGAAGAGAAGCAAGUUAAAAUAUCAGCAACUGUGAACACGGUGGUGUUUGAUCUUCGAAUAAAAGCCAUAAAGGAACUAAAAUUAAUGAAGGAACUAGCUGAGAACAGCUGUUUGAGACCUAUUGAUAGAAACGGGAAGCUGCUUUGUCCAGUGCCAGACAGUUACACUUUGAAGGAAGCAGAACUGAAGAUGGGGAGUUCACUGGGACUGUGUCCUGGAAAAGCACCAACUUCCUCUCAGCUGUUCCUGUUUUUCACUAUGGGGAGUGAUGUUCAGCCUGGUACAGAGAUGGAGAUCAUAGUAGAAGAAACAGUAUCUGUGAGAGAUUGUUUGAAGCUCAUGCUGGAGCAGUCUGGCCUACCGGGAGACACGUGGCAUUUACGAAAAAUGGAUUGGUGUUACGAAGCUGGAGAGCCUUUAUGUGAAGAAGAUGCAACCCUGAGAGAACUUAUGAUACGCUCUGGAGAUACUUUGCUUUUAAUUGAAGGAAAACUUCCCCCUCCGGGUUUCCUGAAGGUGCCCGUCUGGUGGUACCAGCCUCGGGGGCCCGCGGGUCACUGGAAGAGUCAUCCGGACCAGAGGAACGGUACCCCUUCUCCAGGUGGGGUCUGGAGGGCUGCUUCCAUCCAAGGCGCUCCUGGUGACCUGCACGGGGAGGUUUCCCUCCGCUACUUGGGGGACCUCGAGAUCUCCGAAGAUGCCACCGUGGCGGAGCUGAAGUCCCAGGCCAUGACCUUGUCCCCCUCCUUGGAGUUUGUCAUCCCGUCCCCAGCCUUCCUCAGAGCCUGGACUGUGGAGAGCCAGCGCCCCGGCAGGCUCUUACGAACCAACCGGCAACAGCUCAAGGAAUACAGACUGGGAAGGAAAACUGAGAUCUGCUUAGAGCCCCUUCAGAAAGAAGAAAAUUUGGGCCCCCAGGACGUGGUGCUGAGGACGCAGAUGCGCCUCCCCGGCGAGAGGGCCUACGCCCCGUGUGUGGACCUGGUGUGGGACACGGCCCGAGGCUGGACGGCUGGCUCCCUGAGGCAGCAAGUAGCCCACUUCUGCUCCCUUCCCGUGGAGAAAAUUGAAAUUGCCAAGUACUUCCCCGAAAAGUUUGAGUGGCUUCCGAUAUCGAGCUGGAACCAGCAACUUACCAAGAGAAAAAAGAAGAAAAAGCAAGAUAAUUUGCAGGGGGCACCUUAUUACCUGAAGGACGGAGACACAAUUGGUAUUAAGAAUCUCCUGGUUGAGGAUGACGAAGAUUUCAGUACAGUCGCAGAUGACCUGGGAAAGAAAAGGGUACGAGGAAGAGCGGGCGGUCCGAGGGGGAAGGCCCGGGAAGCCCUUCGUGUGCAGAGCAGUGACUUUUUCUCCAGGGCCAAGACGCCCAGCCGGCCCCAUGCACCAGAAGCUUCUCUCUCCAUCCACGUGGGGAGUUUCAGAUAG